CAUCAGAGCUGUUACGUUACUUCUAUUGAUCUCGUAAACACCCGUGUCCAGCUGCGUGAUUUCACAGAAGUGGAAAGAGGAGGUACAGAUGCACUACAAUGAAUAAUGUGAAACUUACUCCCAAUGCCUCGAUUUCUAUUCAGCUCCCUCAGUCAAAACUCGUUGAAAUUAAUGCAUCCGUCAGCUCUCUCCCUUACCCUACUCUUCGCCCUGAUCCCCUUUGCUUCACGACCCCUGUUCAACCUCGCGAGAUGGCUGACGGCUGUAAAUACGGGGAAUGGGGAUGCGCCCGUGCUACCGAUGUCAUACUGUGCGGCGCCACUGGCUAUUGGGAGCUUGUGGCGUCUUGUACGCCUGGGUGCUGCGUUGACACGCAGGAUGGAACGAAUGCGUGGUGUACGUGUUGAGGGAGCGAAAGGGAGUGAGAAUUUGGGAAGUGGGGUAGGCAGAUUGAAAGAACAUGAAGACGGGGAUAGAUGCUGACGUGUUAAAUGGCGUCUACGUAGACUUUGAGAAGAGUACGUUAGGGAUUGGAUCUUUGCGAUGCGGGGAACCGGUGGCGAUGUCUGAAGCUUGGAAUUUUUGAAGGAAACCGGGGCUUCAUAGUAAUUUUAGC